CAAUUCAAUACCCAAUCCCUAACCUUGGAACGCUUUCAUGAAUCUUGAAUUCUUUGACUAAAUGACUAGUUCGAUGGGUUCACUUUCAUCGGAAUUAUUAAUUGAAAUAUUUUUCUGGGUCAAGUCGUCUUUUCCGGGCGCGUCAAACUUAUUACCUUGCCUUACCGUCUGUAGACAGUGGUACGAGAUAGUGGUUCCAGUUCUUUACCGGCAUAUAGUCUUGAACACCGACAACGUCGAACUCUUCGCAUCGAGGUUUAACUUACAACAUGCUUCUUAUGUUCGCUCUCUCACCUUACGACCCACACAGCCGACGCUUUCGAGCUAUGACCUUAGUUCAAUCAUUGCUGCCAACGCGGAGCUAGGACGCCGUUUACUACGCCUCGAGCCUCUACUAGGAAGCCUGGACAGGUUGUUGUCUUUUUCUCUCCACGUGCCAGCCAUCGUGCCAGAAAGAUGUCGCUUCAAGAUUUCUGCGCGUUCCAUCAUAGGAUUGGUCAAUUCGAUACCUCAAAGCUGUGUUAACAUAGAGAUUGAUUCUGGCGGCUAUGAUCGAAAUAUAAUUGCAGGGGGAGAAGAGGCGCACGUUUGUGAAUGCCUUCGUCUACUAUUGCCGCGUAUGAACCAUGUCCGAAUUCAUCUUUCCCUCGUAUGCCCCGCCCUUGUUGGAGUGAUGGCAACGCCUUAUCAAUAUGAAAUGGAUUCCUUGACACCGGCCAAAUUCCCACAUCUGCGAUCAUUUCUCAUUAAUUGCUCAGAGAAAAACACCUCUAACAGUAUUUGUCUUCCGGCGAAAACCAAAGAUACUCCAUUAUAUAGACACUCAAUACAUCCAUGGCCAGCGAUGACAUCUGCUCUACAAAGAUUUGUAGAUACUCCAGAUUGUUGCCCCGCAUCUGCUUUGAUACGCAUCCAUACUACCGCUGGCAAGGACAUGGCAAAUCUGGGUAUACACAACACGAUGGUGGUCUGCGAUAUUAAUUCACAUACCACCCAUGCUUUUCCUAUCGUCGAAAUCAGUCCACACAGAAGGUUUGGGUGGCUCGUGCGAUUUGAUGAUUCAGAAGGCAUCAUAACUACUAGCCGGGGCCUUGUUGAUGUUGCCGAAGGCCAGCUGUGGAAGACGCUCAUGGGUGGGGCUAGGUUGCCUUCCCCCAUAGCUGAUAGUGAAGCUCAAGGGAUUCUAGAGGUACCUAUAGUCGAGGAGGCUGUCUGGAGAGCCAAGAACCCGGAAAUAGACUGUGCAUUGUGGAAUAACGAAGCACUGGUCGGGAGGAAGUUGCUGCAUGCUGAGAUAAGAAAAGAAGGAAAAACAUAUAUGAAUCCAGUACCCAUUCUUGAGGAAAGAAUACAAUAAUGUCAUUAUCUCCGAGGGCCUUGGAUAUGGGCGUUAAAGAAAGAGGGCGAACUGAACGUUAAGGAAUGAACAGAAAAGUCCGGUGGUUUAGGAAACAGAACUAAAGAUAGGGACUGUUGAUAAAUUUAUUAAGAUUUCACUGCUG